CGCGAGGCUAGGAUCUAUUGUAUUUGGCCAAUCUCCGCUUGUGAACGUCUCUGUUAGCGGGUAGCUCCGCGCUGUGUCAAGGCAGCAAAGAGGCGACCGACCGGCGGGGGAGGCAGGCGAAGCAAAGGGGGACGAGGACGAGAGGGAGUUGAGGCUUCGUCCCGUGUUUGGAAGCAGCAAGAACAGACUUCUUGCCGUCCUCCUGACGGGAGACGAGCUCCCCGUGUAACCUUAAAUAACAAAACGGAAGAGCCCCCAGGAUUUGACGGCCAACUGACGGACUCCUCUUUUAGACUCUUUCAACAACCGUCGUGUCGAAGUGGGCUGCAACUCAGGAGACGUUUCAGUUGGAGGACGCACACUGGGAUUUCAAGAACAUAUCUGGCCGCACUGCGUUGCGACAACAAGAGGAUAUUACUGUGGGGUAGGAAUUACGAAUACUAUUUGAAAGAGCCCGACUUCGGUUACGUUUGACAGGCACGGUGAGCACAUGACAAGGGGAGUCUUUGAUGAAAAUUGGAAUGAUGACAUUUGGCAGUAAAGCCAAGUCACGUUAACAUCGCUAGCUCGCAAGCUACUUGGCUAAGGUAGCAGGCUGCUAACUAAGCCUGUGUCGCCCUUUGCAUUCCCGGAGCAGAGGAGGGGCACCGGGGUUUUGUAGCAUUGCGGCUCUGCCUUGCAUUUUUUUUUUUUUUUUUUUUUUUUUUUUUUUUUUUUAGGGGGGGGCUUCAAACAGGAAUGGAGAAUCUCAGAUGUUUGCCACAUCUACUCUGGGGGAACUAUUAAACCGCGGCGAGAGGACCAUUUUCCAUUUUUGUGAAAUCUAGGAGCAGCCUCCAAACCAACCGGCUUGGGGCAGCUAGGCUAUGUUAUUGGGACUGCUAUACUUUUCUCCUGUGCCUUGCGGCGAUCUGGAACGUUAAAAUGGGGAGCUGCUGCACCCCAUGUACACCCAAAAUGUGGAUCACGAGGCAAAGAUCAUGAGUAAAUCGGCGAAACAGCGACUUCCCCGCAGCUGAAAGUUUGUGAUUUUUGUUUUUUUUGUUUUUUGUUUUUUUUAAACUUUCGAAACAUAUUCAAGGUGAGGGAACUUUUUCAGUGGCCCGUUUGAGCCCACUUUUCAUAUUUUGACUCACUCAACAUUAAAGCCAACUGGACUGUACAACCAUGUCGGGAGAGGUGCGUUUGAAGAAGCUGGAGAAGCUGAUUUUGGACGGGCCCACUGAUUCCAAUGGCCAGUGUCUCAGCGUGGAAACCCUGCUGGACGUGCUGGUGUGUCUCUACGAUGAGUGCAACAACUCUCCACUUAGAAGAGAGAAGAAUAUCCUGGAGUUUUUGGAUUGGGCAAAACCCUUUACAUCCAAAGUGAAGCAGAUGCGGCUGCAUAAAGAUGACUUUGAAAUCCUCAAAGUGAUUGGACGAGGAGCUUUUGGAGAGGUAGCAGUUGUGAAGGUGAGAAAUACGGACAAAGUGUUUGCCAUGAAGAUUCUUAACAAGUGGGAGAUGCUGAAGCGAGCAGAGACUGCAUGCUUUCGGGAAGAGAGAGACGUGUUGGUGAAUGGUGACUCCCAGUGGAUUACCACCCUCCACUAUGCCUUCCAGGAUGACAACAAUUUGUACCUGGUCAUGGACUACUAUGUGGGUGGUGAUCUGCUCACCCUGCUCAGUAAAUUCGAGGACCGGCUGCCCGAGGAUAUGGCCAGAUUCUACCUGGCUGAAAUGGUGCUUGCUAUCGACUCUAUUCACCAGCUUCACUACGUUCACAGGGACAUAAAGCCAGACAACAUCCUGUUGGAUAGGAAUGGACAUAUCCGCUUGGCUGACUUUGGCUCCUGCCUCAAACUCAUGGAGGACGGAACGGUCCAGUCCUCUGUUGCUGUGGGGACCCCAGACUAUAUUUCCCCAGAAAUCCUCCAAGCCAUGGAAGAUGGGAAGGGCAAGUAUGGACCUGAGUGCGAUUGGUGGUCCCUGGGUGUCUGUAUGUAUGAAAUGCUGUAUGGAGAGACACCCUUCUAUGCAGAGUCCCUCGUGGAAACAUAUGGCAAAAUUAUGAACCACAAGGAGCGAUUCCAGUUCCCACAACAGAUAACAGAUUUAGUUUCAGAGGAAGCAAAAGAUCUCAUACGUCGGCUCAUUUGCAGUCGAGCGUACCGAAUAGGACAGAAUGGGAUUGAAGACUUCAAGCAGCAUCCAUUUUUCUCUGGCAUUGAUUGGGACAAUAUUCGCUUGUGUGAGGCCCCUUACAUCCCUGAGGUCAGCAGUCCCACAGAUACCUCCAACUUUGACGUGGAUGAUGACUCUCUCAAGAACUCAGAGACCAUGCCCCCUCCCUCUCACACUGCCUUUUCUGGCCACCAUUUGCCCUUUGUUGGCUUCACCUACACCAGUAAAUGCACAAUCUCCGAUAGGGGUUGCCUGCAGCAGCUAUCAGUGGAAGCAGGCAAGGCGGUUCAGGAUCAACUGGACACAGAUGUCCAGCGCAGCCUUGACGACAGCCUAGCCAUAGAGGCCUACGAGAGGAGGAUCCACCGCUUGGAACAGGAGAAACUGGAGCUGAACCGCAAAGUUCAAGAUUUGACUCAGACGGUUCAAGCACAUCAGCACCCAACUAGUGAAGGCCCUUUGAGUGGAAACAAGGAGGUGGAGAUCAGGAGUUUAAAGACCGAAAUUGACAUCCUCAAGAAACAAAUUGCUGAUUCAGGCCAAUUGGAAAAACAGUUUGAAGAUGUGACGAUGGCUCGUCGAGAACUAGAGGACUCAUCCAAACAUAUUAAGAUGUUAGAGAAACAAAUAAAGAGUCUCACAAGGGACAAGGAUGACCUGCUGAAGGACCUUGUGGAAUCCGAUGAGAAGAUUAAGUUGCAGUCAAAGGAUCUGAAAGAAGCUCAAAGCCAGAGAAAACUGACCAUGCAUGAGUUUUCUGAACUCAACAAGGGUCUCUCAGACCUCAGGUCGGAAAAGCAGCAUCUAUCUCGCCACCUGCGUGACAAGGUGGAGGAAAUGGAGAGUCAAAAUCAGAAAAUUGAGGCUCUGCGCCUUGAGGUUCGAAAGGCUGAGAAAGCCAGGAAAGAGAUGGAGAAUCAGAUGGAGGAGCGCACAGCAGAAGCGCUUAAGGAGAGGAAGCUGAAAGAACGUAAUGAGCAGCACAGCCGACAACUGGAGGAGGAGCUGGAAAGGCUAAAGGUGAAACAAGUUGGCUCAUUUGCUGCCCCAGCAUCAUCUGACCAAUCCCAGGAGAUGGGACGUCUGCGGGGUGACCUGGAGAAGAAGACCCACCUGUAUGAGGAGGAACUGGCACGUCGGGAGGCACAACACAGCACUGAAUUGAAGGCUUUGCGCAAGGAGCUACGUGACGCAGAGAGCCAACAGCUUGGCGUGCAGAAAGAAAUCCUGGUGCUCAAAGACAAGCUGGAGAAGACUCGAAGAGAGAGUCAGAGUGAGCGGGAAGAGUUUGAGACCGAUUACAAGCAAAAGUGUGAAAGGGAAACAGUUCUGCUUACUGAUGAAAAUAAAAAGCUGUCCAGUGAAUUGGAUAAGCUGACAAGCAUGUUUGAGAAGGUGAGCAUCUCCAACCGGCAGCUUGAGGACGAGAUGAGAGAGCUGGCUGACAAAAAGGAGAGUGUUGCUCACUGGGAGGCCCAGAUCACAGAAAUCAUCCAAUGGGUGAGUGAUGAGAAGGAUGCUCGUGGCUACCUGCAGGCUUUGGCCACCAAGAUGACAGAAGAGCUGGAGGGCCUGAGAAAUACCAGUCUGGGAGCGAGGGCUACGGACAUGCCUUGGAAGAUGCGUCGCUUUGCCAAGUUGGACAUGUCGGCCCGCCUGGAGCUGCAAUCCGCCUUAGACGCUGAGAUCAGGGCCAAACAGAGUAUUCAGGAUGAGUUGAAUAAGGUCAAGGCUAACAACAUCUCCACAGAAUGUAAACUGCAAGAUGUAGAGAGCAGAAAUCAAGAGCUCCUGGCUGAGAUUGACAGGCUGAAGAAAGAGACUGAGGAGCUGCGGCUACGUAGAGGUGUCAAGCACCAGGAUUCCCAGAAUUCUUUCUUGGCUUUUCUCAAUGCCCCCACCUCAACGCUUGACCAGUUCGAUGACUCUUAUUCCUCUUCUUCAUCUUCUUUAAUUGAGUUUUGGGAAGACCGCUCGCCAUCCGUUGGCCCAGCUAGUAAAGGCAGACGUGUGGACUCAAUGGAUAAUUUCACAUCCUCCAACACUCCAUCCCGGGAAGACGACCAGAAGUCCCACCUCAAAACCCGCUCACGUUCACCCUCCAUGGCCAGCGAUAUGGAGCCUAUAGAGUUGAUAGAUCAUUCUCCUCGUACAGUCCAGACCCCCACUAUGCGCUCAGGAGGGUAUGGCAGUAUCGGUCGCUCCUCCCCUAAGCCAAAAGCACAUCAGUUUGUAGUGAAGUCAUUCAGCACGCCGACUAAAUGUAACCAGUGCACUUCCCUCAUGGUGGGACUCAUACGCCAAGGUUGCACCUGUGAAGUGUGCAACUUCUCCUGCCAUGUAACAUGUGCAGACAAGGCUCCAGCAGUAUGUCCCGUUCCACAGGAUCAGACCAAAGGACCACUCGGCAUUGACCCUCAGAGGGGCAUUGGUACUGCAUAUGAAGGGCAUGUCAGGGUCCCUAAACCAACAGGGGUAAAGAAGGGCUGGCAGAGGGCAAUGGCAGUGGUGUGCGACUUCAAACUGUUUCUCUAUGAGCUAGGGGAAGGAAAGACAACACAGCCGAGUGUUAUUGUGAGCCAAGUCAUAGAUAUGAGGGAUGAAGAGUUUUCAGUCAGCUCUGUUUUGGCCUCUGAUGUCAUCCAUGCCAGCCGUAAAGACAUCCCCUGCAUAUUCAGAGUAACAGCGUCUCAGCUCUCCCCCUCCAGCAGCCACAAGCCGUCCAUCUUGAUUCUUGCUGACAGUGACCAGGAGAGAAACAAGUGGGUGGGUCUUCUCAGUGAGCUUCAUCGCAUCCUCAAGAAGAACAAGCUCAAGGAGCGCUUUGUCUACGUCCCCAAGGAGGCUUACGACAGCACGCUGCCACUCAUCAAGACGACACAGUCUGCCGCUAUCAUAGAUCAUGAGCGUGUCGCCCUGGGCAACGAAGAAGGGCUCUUUGUCAUCCAUGUCACCAAAGAUGAAAUCAUUCGGGUGGGCGACAAUAAGAAGGUGCACCACAUCGACCUGAUCCCACAAGAGCAGUUGCUGGCUGUCAUCUCUGGAAGGAACCGCCACGUCCGACUCUUCCCCUCGCAGGCCCUGGAUGGCCGCGAGAUCGACUCCUACAAGCUUGGCGAGACAAAAGGCUGUCAGACCCUCGUCUCCGGGCCCGUCCGAAACGGCUCGAUCACAUGUCUCUGUGUAGCCAUGAAGAGGCAAAUCAUGUGUUAUGAGGUGAACAAGAGCAAAGCCCGCCACCGUCGGCUGCGGGAGCUGCAGGCUCCAGGUCUUGUCCAAUGGAUGGGUCUGCUGAAUGAGCGGCUCUAUGUGGGCUACCAGUCUGGCUUCACCCGCUACAGUGUCCACGGUGACGUGUCUCCAGUUAGCCUGCUCCACCCUGAGGAUCACACCCUAGCAUUUAUCCCUCAGCAGAACCUGGAUGCCCUUUGUGCUGUGGAGAUUUCCAGCAAGGAGUUAUUGCUGUGCUUCAGUGCCAUCGGCGUGUACGUGGACUCUCAGGGUCGCAGGUCACGCCAGCAGGAGCUCAUGUGGCCUGCUGUGCCAAACAGCGCCUGCUACAAUGCCCCUUACCUGUCGGUGUAUAGUGAGAAUGCAGUUGAUGUGUUUGAUGUCAACACCAUGGAGUGGAUUCAGACCAUCCCGCUAAAGAAGGUACGACCUCUGAAUGUUGAUGGCUCUCUGAACCUACUAGGACUGGAAACAGUGCGACUCAUCUACUUUAGAAACAAAACGGCUGAGGGCGACGAGCUGGUCGUCCCGGAGACGUCAGACAACAGCAGGAAGCAGAUGGUACGCAGCAUGAACAAUAAGAGACGCUUCUCCUUCAGGGUGCCAGAGGAAGAGCGACUUCAGCAGAGGAGAGAAAUGCUGCGGGAUCCAGAGAUGAGGAACAAGCUGAUCUCCAACCCCACAAACUUUAACCACGUUGCUCACAUGGGACCAGGGGACGGGAUCCAGAUUCUCAAAGACCUGCCCAUGAAUGUCCGCCUUCAAGAGAGCCGCGCAGGCUUCAGCGGUUCGGUCAGCAUCCCUUCCAUCACCAAGAACAGGGCCGAGCCGGGCCGCUCCAUGAGCGCCAGCAGCGGACUGGGCAUACGCUCGUCCUCCCAGAACGGCAGCGCCCUGCGUCGGGAGCUGUCGGGCGGGAGCUACGGCUCGAAGCGGCAGGCCAUGACGUCGCCCUCGGAGAGCUCCCUGUCCUCGGGUGGGGGCAUGGACUGCGGGGAUGCGCCCCUCUCCCAGUUUGACAGAGAGUGGCAGGCAGUUUCGCCGUCGGAGAAGACCCCCGAUCUGAAAAGGGCUUUAAGGACCUUGCUUAGUAAGAUGAAGGACUCUGACUCCCCGCGUCACUCGACGGCCUCGAACAGUUCCACCUUCAGCAGCCCCCCCAGUCCGGCCUCGCCUCACAAGACCAAGUCCUUGUCCUUGGAGAGCACUGACCGCAUGGGCUGGGACACAUGAGGCGGCCCGCCCGCCUACGCCCACACCAGCCCGCCGACCCAGCGACAGCACACGACUCCCCUUCUUCGUAUCCCCUUUCUACGCCCACACAACCGUACCUCCCUCCUUUCCUCAGUGCGGAAUCACACAGGUGUUUUUUGGGGGGAGAAGCGGUGUCCGAAUCAAACGCUCCCUUCUUUUUAGCAUCGACCGACCCCACCCUCCCUGCCUCAUUCAGAUGCAAAGACAGAAAAAAAAAAAAAAAAGAUUUGUACUUGUACAUAGGAGCCUUUUGGAUAUUAGGGGACAAUAUUUUAAUUUAUUUAUCAAUUCUUAGACGAGAAGCAUUAGGUUUGCUUGGUGGCCCGAAGCGGACGAGCCCCUCCUCCUCCCCAACCAACCUGCAGACUUUGCUAACACUAAACUUCCCACUAAUAAGAGCGGUGACUUUAUGAUCCGUUUUCCUUCCAAAAUAAAGCUGACGACCUCAUCACUCAUCCUCAUUGGUCCAGUGUAAAGGACAUUCCAACCACCACAAUAAUGUACAUAGGUUCAAAGUAGAGAGUAAUAUAUGAUAAGGAAAUACUAUCGAGAACUACACGGGGAAAAUCUACUUUUAUUUUCCUUAUUUUAUUCUCAAGUGAUUUGGGGUUUUAUUCACUCAGAAUCCAUUUUAAAAAUUUUCUUUUAUUGAUUGAGUUGCGAUUUUCACUUUUUUUUUUAAUACUUCCCCCAUCCCCCCGGCAUUUGGAUUUGCAUUUGAGUGAAAUCUGGAUGAACAUGCAUACACACUGAGGUGAUGUUAAUGCGGCCAAAUGCCUUGGUGUGCGCGUGCGAGCUUCAUUAAUCCAAAAAAUGGCAACGUAAAAAAAAAAGAGGGCAACAUCGGGCUUUGGGCGCAGCCUUUGCUUGUAUUGAACAAUGUUGUUUCGAUCAUCUGCUCAUGUACGAGAAAAAAAAGUGUGGUGGAAAAACAAAGAAUGUCAACACUGUGAGGGACCGCUUUAUUCUUUGAUAACUCCUUAUGGCCUCCCACUCACAACCCAAUCUGCUUCUCAUAGCUCUGACUGUUAUCUUGUUUUGUUUAUUGUACUGGUGGAUGCAAACUGUCCCUAAACAGGACACUAGCACGUGAAUAUUGAACUGAAAUAUUCACUUCACUACUUCUAAUGUGUCACUGUUCAUAAGUACGGUUGUCAGGGAAACAACAAAUACAUUGUGGUCAUUCCUCCGCAUUCAGCUUUUUGAAAACACUAUUCCACACGUGUGUGUUUGUGUUCUUUUUAGUUGAGUUACUAACAAAGGCGAAUUGAUUCUGAUUGAAACUGUCUCCUGGUAUGUGGAAUGUAUUAUCUCAGAGGGAAGAGGACCUCUAUUAUCGGCCAUUGUUGUACAGUUGAAAUAAAAUGAUCCCAAUGAAAAGAGAGACUAACUCAGGAAAAGGUUGGAAGCAAUACGAUGAUUGAUGGCAGGAGCGAAUGAAAACAGUUUUACGGCUGCUGUGGAGAGAAAACCGGGAAAAUAGAAAAAUCCAUUGCCUUUGCAUUUCAGUGAGGUCUUAUCUACAAUACCUUCUAUAUUUUGCUCUUUCAUAUAAUACACUUUGGUUGUGUUUCUAGUAUUGCUUUGUAAUAAUUUGUACAGUUUUGCAUGUUAUAGAUGAAAUCAUUUUUUUGGUUUAUUUUUCCUUUGGAUUUGCUUCUUUUUUUUUAACGGUUUGGGCGUUUUACUGAGGAUAACCCACUACAGGUGAUGUAGAGUCUUUUUGCACAAAAAUAUUUAAGGUGUAAGGUAAAAAAAAAAAAUGUAUGGAACUGGCUGCCACACUUCCGUGGACGACUCAUAUUAACCUGACUCCGAUGUAUUUCAAUAAAACGGAGGGCUGUUACAAAUACA